GCUUUGCGGCUUUUAACGGUCAUACUGAUUCUGUGCAGCAAAUGCCCAGGUGAAAGCCUGGCACACAGUGCUGCAGUGAAGGAAAGAGAGUGUGAACACUCACGUGUACGUGUGUAUUAAUAUUAUUUUCUUAUUUAUAAGCAGCAGGGAUGCUGUAUUUGAAGGGUACUUUCCAUCUAAGCAGCGGGAAAACCCAUGGAAGAGACACUGAUUCUCCCUGAAUAUGCCUGCACCCCUCCCAGACUUCCUGCAGUUAUUCAGGACCACAUGAGUAAUUCUGGUGGAGGCUGUACAUGAAUGUAAGCGUGUCACUUCCUGCCAGAGCAUUUAAGAGUUGGUGCAUAAUCCUCCAGGUCUCUCCCUUCCCCUGCCACUAUGAGUCAAUGACUAAGGAGGCCACAGGGAUGGAGACCUACAAGAAGGCGGAACCUCCAUCAUCCAGGGCCCCUGAGUGAGCGAGAAGGGCAGUUCCCCACCAAUACGCAGAGGGCACAGACCAUCAAUAAGAAAUCGACUUUUAUGGCUGAAUUAAGCCAGUGAGAUUGCAGAGUUAAUUUGUUACCUCAGCAUAACCUCACCUAUCCUAACUAUACAACGGCUUUCAUCAACUGUGUUUCCAAUGACUCCCCAUGCAGUAUUCUCAAGGAUCUUCUGCAUCAAUGUGGUUAGUAAUCCAGCUGGUUUCCUCCAAGUGCUUGCCUGCUUGCUUCCAGGUGGACCAGAGUAUCCAAGACAUGCCAGGCUUCCUGCUACAUUGUCCACUGGUAAGGCUGUGCAUGGGCCUCACAUGUGUCCUGUCCCUUUACAAUACAGAGUCUGCCUUUAAAGGGGAAGCCAAGAAGGAAAAUGUCAUGACCUUCCUACUUACAACAUUGCCUGGCCUCAGAGGAGACGAGAGUAGAGAAAAGGGGGUCGCUUUUCUGGAUGCCACAGAACUGCCUGCAAUGUCGGUUGAUCUGUCUGCGCUUAACCUGACAGAGCUGGUGAACGGGAUGCUGAUCAGAGCUUUAAAAGACAGCAAGCAAUUUUUCUCCUUGCUAAGUGUUACUUCCCACAGCUCCUUUGCCUUCCACAAGUUUUCUGUGGCCAUUUACAACAUUUCUAACCUGAAGACUGUGGACCCGGCCAAAUUCCCCUCACGGUACUGCUACUGCUUAAACAACCGGACCAACGAUUUAUCAGAUUUCACAGCCCUACUGGUGGACAUCAUUGGAAAUUCUACCAGCUACCUCACAGAGAUUUUAAAGUCACCCUCCAUCCUCUCAGUGAGUCAAGUGAAUGAAUCUGACUGCAUCUUCAUCUGUGUGAUGUCAGGAAAGUCAGGAAGGAAUCUUUCUGACUUCUGGGAGAUGGCGGAAAAAUCUCCUGUUAUCAAUUACACAUUUACCAGCAGCGUGUCUGGUGUUCUGGGUGAGUCUACCAGGGGGACGGCCCUGACUUCACAGCUCACACCCACAAGCCGGCAAACACUACCAAGGACAAGCCCCCCACGUGGAUCCCAGAACGCUGGAGUGUCUGCUCUGAGAAGCUCUCCCAGGACAGAGACAACUCCUCCUUCACAGGGAGAGCAGACCACGAACACAAACAAGCAUGCUGAGGGUCACAGCAGAGCCCCGGCCGCCCUGGAUGGCGCCUCUCCCACCCUCUCAGACUGGGCUACCGGGAAGGUGGCUGGAAUUCCAUGGGUGACAGCCCGCAGGCAGGCAUGGGCUUCCACACUACCUGUGCCCUGGGCUCAGGCCACCAGUGAGAAAACACCUGGAGGUCUUCCCUGGGAAACACGUUCCUCCCCGCCGACAUCUCCUGCAGAGGCCGAGGAGGCCACGAACACACAGAACUUUUCCGAGACUCCUGCCAGGACAGCGGCCAUGCCUGACAGCCCACCAGGGACCAGCCCAACCUCAGGCCCAUUCACCCCUGGCACACAGACUCCAAGUCCCACCAAGGCUCCGGCCCCCAGAUAUCCACAGGCAGGUGAUCUCCCUGCUGCGUGGCCCUUUACCCCUGGAGAAGAGCCAGUGCUCGUCCCAGGACCCCACCAGGCUUCAAGGUGUCCUGAGCCGCUCCUCAAGGAGGCGGCCAUGACCUCUGCUCCUCUCACGCUGGCCGUCCAGAAGCUCAACCCUUGCCUGAUGGAGCUGUGCCGCUUUUUCCAGCAAUGCCUCUGCAUGAGCCGGAAGAGAGACCCCAGGAUGGAGGCAGUGAGGUAUUGUCUUGAAUACUAUUCCUGGUUUCUGAAGAAUGCAACAUACAUCUGUCAGAGGGUGAAAAGGGUGUUCCACUCACACAGUAAGUACACAGCCGGACUGUACUGUAAAUCGUGUUCUAUGAAAAGGUUCUAGAACUCUGAGUGAUGUUCCUGCCUUAGCACGGGGUCAGUAGGAGGAAGUAUAACUCAUCUAGUGAUCAUGAAUCCUAGACAAAAAGAGUCUAGGGUAUUUCUGAAUCCCCUUCACCUAACAGUUUGAAAAAAAAAAAAAAUGCAGGAGUCAGCCCAGCCAAACACUGUUGCUUUCUCUGUGCUCUUGGGCAAGCUUCUUAUCCUCUCUGAGUCCCCAUGUAAGCUAAAAAGACAAAGACAAAUGAAACAGGAG